CUUUUCUUUUGUGCUGCUAUUUCGUAAACAUGAAAUUAUUAAAAGGAAAUUUCAUAAAAAACACAAUAAUUAGUUUUAUAAUUAGUGCAAUUUUGCAAUUAAUGAAUGAUUAAGUUUCCAUGUUUCCGAUGAAAUCAACACAAUCUUAAGUACUGAAUUCGCAACAAAUUUGGGUUUCAACGCGAGCAGGAUAAAAAGAAUAUGGCUUUAGUUAGCUACGGCAGCAGUGGUUCCUCCGAUGAAAGCAACGAGCUCGAUAAAAGCGCUACCAAUCCCACGCCGGUGCCAGAUCAAAUUGCAGAACCAAAGCAAAAGAAGGCGGGAUUAAAUGAACGACCAGCAUUAAAGAGAUCUCUGCCUGAUGCGCUUUCAUUAUUGGGAGGAAAGCGUGCUCCACCCGCGUCAAUCGAAACGCAUAUGGAUGAUCCAACAGAUCAUGCUGGACGUGUGCGAAGUUUUAAGCAUGAACGUGGCAAUUGGGCUACGUAUGUGUAUAUAGCAGUGCGGUUAGACGAAUUGGAAGAUUUGCAGGAAGUAUGCCAAGAAGCAUUAGCGGGGACCGUGAGUGAUGUACAUGCUAUAGACGAUCUACACAUGAGCUUGAGUCGUACAGUUGUGCUACAAUAUCAUCACAUCGAUUCAUUUGUCGAGUCGUUGAGGAAUGCAAUAGAAGUUAACGCCAGCUUUUCCAUCAGUUUGCGCCACUUACACAUUUAUACGAAUGCAGAGCGAACGCGUACAUUUAUUGCACUUAAGGUUGAUGAGAUAUACUUCGAUAAAAUUCUUCAGAUCUUGUUAAAAGUUGAUAGUGUUAUGACGGAAUACAGACUACAACGCUUCUACGAAGACCCAUCAUUCCACAUAAGUUUUUUGUGGUGCCUUGGCGACAAAGUCGCUGUGCUCAAUGAAAACCUGGAUACCUUGAAGUCUGCUAUCAAUGUAACGUUGGGUGAAAGCGAAGCAUUUAAUUUAUUUGUUCAAGAAAUUAACUGUAAGAGUGGCAAUAAGGAAUUCACCUUUAAGCUUAAUUAAGUUUUAAAAAUAUGUAUCGAAUAAUAAUUGUCUGCGCCUCAUAAAA